AUGUUGGUGCUUCCAGAGUUUCAGCACGGUAUCGACUUACAUGUACACUUGGACGCUGCUGCUAGACCAGAAACUCUGUAUGAACUAGCAGAAAGAGAAAGAAUAUCAAAUCUACCAAGAAAUUUAAAUGAAUUCAAAAAGAAGAUAACCCCUAAUUCCCCAUAUUCUGUCAGAGAAUUUUUCAACAUAAUUGACUACAUCAAACCACUGAUUGCUGGCAAAAAAGAUGCUCUGGCUCGUAUUUGUGAGGAAUUCGUUGAAGAUUGUGUACAGCUUGGGAGACUGUGUUAUGUAGAGACAAGAUUUUGUCCAUUCACUUUAACGGGUCGCUAUUUAGAUGCAGAAGAAGUUCUUAAAAUAGUUCUGGAGAAACUGCAAACAGCUGGGGAACGGCAUCGCUUACAAGUUCGUACUAUUUUAUCAAUUAUGAGAAAUAUGCCGGAAACAGCUAAAGAAACAUUAGAUUUGGCUAAAAAGUAUAACACGCAUGGAGUUGUUGGUAUAGAUGUUGCAGGUGAUGAUUCAGUUUUAGAAAGAAAGCCUGUACCAAAUGAAAUUAUUGAAACAUUUAAAGAAGCUAAAAAGUUUGAUAUUCAUCGUACAGUUCAUGUUGGUGAAAAUAGUUCAGCCAAUAGUGUUUAUGAAGCAGUGAAUACACUACACGCUGAACGUAUUGGUAAUGGAUAUCAUGUUGUAGACAAUGAAAAAUUGUACAAUGCACUUCUUGAUACUGGUGUACAUUUUGAGUUAUGCCCAUCGUCAAGCUUUUUAACUGGUGCAGUAAACUACAGAGAUCUACGAAAUCAUCCAAUACAUCGUUUUGUUAAAGAUGAUGCCAAUUUCUCGAUUAACACAGAUGGUCCAACAUUAACACAAAGAUGGAAUACAGAAGAGGCUACAUAUUGUAUGGAUGAAUUGGGAUUGAAAUAUGCUCAAGUGAAUGAGGCAAAUUACAGAGCAGCAAAAGCAGCCUUUCUGCCGACUGUUGAACAAGGUCUUCUAGUGUCACAUAUCACUAUCAGAACAAGAAAUAGAUAUAUAACUAUUGAUAAAUACAAAUUACGAGAGUAUUCUAGAUGAGAAAUAACUUUUUCAACACAAUACUUUCUUUAACUGAUCUAUUUUACUGGUUUGGACAUUUUAGAAAAUAUUUUCGAUAACAAUUAGAAAUUUUCUACUAUUCUUUCGAAAAUCUAUCACCGCUCGCUUAUAUACUCACUGCUUUGUUUUACUAAAGUUCUUUUAACGCUUAAAAAUGUUCACUGAUUGAUUUUUUGUUAGAACUUAUAACAAACAAACGGACAUUUUCAGAAUAUGACCUAGUAUUACUGCUUUAAUUGUUUGAAAUGCUACAUCUCAUAUCUAUA